AACAGUAUACAUUUUAUUUAUUUAGUUGGGCUGUAAUAUUACCUUACUUAGAUUUGUAUUGUUUGUUAACUUUAAUUGGUAUUGUUGCUUACACCACUUUUCUAAAUUGCAGCAGAACAAAAAAUAAAAUCCACCAAGCAGGCUUUGUAUUUGCUGCAUGAAAUCUAAGAGAGAAACAUGAUGGAAGAAAGUGGAAUUGAGACAACUCCCCCAAGCACUCCUCCACCUCCUCCGAAUGCUGCUGCAGCAGUUAGCCCCGCCCCGGUCUCGCUAGCCAUGUCCAGUCCUUUGUCCCUCCCCAACACAUCCGGCAUGUCGCCUUUCCCAGCCCAAGGCUUUUCGACAACCAUGGCUCCUGCCUCCACCUCUCUCCCUCCUAUCAGAUCUUCUGCGCCUCCUCCAUCUGGCAGCGCUCAGGGUUCCAUGACGGCUGCCUCUCCCUUCCUUCCUCCUGGGGCCUCAAUCCCUGGUAUUCCCUUUGCGAGUCCGCUGGCUGCAUCGGUCCCAGGUGUCCCCUUCUCUAGCCCCAUGGCUGCCUACUCCUCUCCCUCCCUCCCUCCCACUGGCGCUCCUCCUCCGGGUCCUGUCAUGUCUGCACCUCCUUUUGGUCCUCCCACUACAGGCUUUUCGAUGAAUGCUCACUAUGACAUCACUCGGGGUCACGCAGGGAGAACUCCACAGACACCUCUUAUGCCAUCAUUCUCCACCCCACAGCCUGUCACAGGAGUGAUGUCAAACCCCAUGGUUCAGCAGCCUGCUAUGUCUGUCGGUGUUGGAGCUGAAUCUCCAAUCACCUUCCCAGAUAAUCAUGAGGAUCCCAGGAUGGGGAUGGAGAACAGUGGCAAUGCAGGAGGCAUAUGGGGCUUUAUAAAGGGUGUUGCUGGAAACCCAAUGGUAAAAUCUGUUUUUGAUAAAACCAAACAUUCUGUGGAGUCGAUGAUAACCACUUUGGAUCCUGGAAUGGCUCCCUAUAUCAAAUCUGGUGGAGAUCUGGACAUUGUUGUGACUUCGAAUAAGGAAGUGAAAGUUGCCGCUGUUCGAGAUGCUUUUCAAGAAGUGUUUGGGCUGGCAAUGGUUACAGGAGAAGCUGGUCAGUCCAAUAUUGCAUCCCAGCCUGUGGGUUACGCAGCAGGACUGAAAGGUGCCCAGGAACGGAUAGACAGCCUGCGUCGUGCUGGGGUGAUCCAUGAAAAGCAGGCUGCAGUCUCAGUAGAGAACUUUAUUGCUGAGCUGUCUCCUGACAAGUGGUUUGAUAUUGGCUGCUUGAUUCUUGAAGACCCAACCCAUGGUAUUCAUAUUGAAAGUUUUACACAAGCCACACCAGUGCCUUUAGAAUAUGUUCAGCAGGCUGAGACUCUAACACCAGCCGACUACAGCUUAAGGUGGUCGGGUCUCUUGGUGACAGUGGGAGAGGUGAUGGAGAGGAACUUGCCUCACAUCAGCAAGACUGACUGGCAUGUCAUGUUCACCGGCAUGUCUCGAAGACAGAUGAUCUACAGUGCGGCGAAAGCUUUAGCAGGAAUGUAUAAACACCAGCUCCCACCCAGGAACGUUUAAUGCAACACAAAAACACAAUUUUAGCCAAUGGUUUCUAAAGGACUACAACUAUUCACACAUCCAGGUGUGUGCUUCAUUUUUAUGUCCUCUGAAUAUAUAUAGUUGUCAAACAAAAUAUAACUGUAAAUUUUGUAUUUUUUAUUUGUUUUUUUUAAUUAUAAGAUUUGGUGAAAGCUCCUGCAACUAAACAUUGCAGUUUGCAAUUUGUUCAAGUUUAAAAGAUAAAAUCAAAGUAAAUGUGUUUUAUAAGCGGCUGAAACCUCCACUUCUGUAGCAGAUGGGAAAAUGUUUUGAAAAUGAUUUUAAUAUGGGGCAAAGGAAAUCUGAACACAAAUGCAGAAUUUUGGUCUUUAAAAAAAAAAAAAAAAAAAAAUAUAUAUAUAUAUAUAUAUA